AUGUUGGUCCUGCUUCGCCUCACACUAUUGAUACUAGUCACUGCAUUGGCAUCCUCCAAGACGGAUGCAACCAACUCGUACCCGAUCAUUCUGGUUAACGGCUUCAGCGGUUGGGGUCGCGAUGAAUUACUGGGAUUCCGAUACUGGGGUGGCAUUCAAGGAGACUUUCAAAAUGAACUGAUAGCUGCUGGCUACACAGUUUAUACAGCAUCGGUGGGACCAUUUUCCAGUAAUUGGGACCGUGCCUGCGAGCUAUACGCUAUCAUCAAAGGUGGUCAUGUCGACUAUGGUCAAAAUCACUCGGCGACUCACAAGCAUCUUCGCUUCGGACGCCAUCAUACGGGACUAUACCCGAAAUGGGGCACGACCAACUUUGAUGGUUCAAUUAACAAGGUUCACCUUGUCGGGCAUAGUAUGGGUGGUCAGACCAUUCGAAUGCUAACUCAAUUGCUCAACUACGGCUCCAAGGGUGCACCAAUCGAAGAAGCUCCAUCAUCGCACCCUCUUUUCAUGGGAGGAAAGAACUGGGUGCAUUCAAUCACGACCAUCUCGUCGCCCAACCAGGGAACUACUUUAGCCGACGCUGUCUCUUCAAUUGGAAAUUUUGUCAAGGACUUGCUCGUAGAUUUGCUCAGUGUACUUGGCAUUCUUAAAGAUAGUACCAAGAUGAUUUACGAUGCGAAAUUGGAUCAGUGGGGUAUCACUACCAAACAAGCAGGUGAAACUCUACUAGCAUACCUCGAUCGUGUUUUCUCUAGUAGUGUCUUUGAUUCAAGCAUUCAAGACACGUGUCUCUGGAGUUUAUCAAUGCGUGGAGCAAAGGAGGAAGCGACGUGGGUCAAGACAUUACGUGACGUCUAUUACUACAGCUACGCUACCAUUGAUACGCAUAAUACGAAAGACUUGUUCUUUCGGCAAGUUUCGUUGCCCAAUCUAUUGACCAUGUUGUUACCUCUCGACCCAUUUGCAGUCUUUCUCGGUGGACGGUAUGCACCUGACAAACUCAACCUCUCGACCGAUUGGCAACCCAAUGAUGGUCUCGUCAACACGAUUUCAAUGGGUUCCGAUGGUAUUGCAAGUACUGUAACCUUCAAUGGUUCUUCACAACUGGGUACGUGGCACAAGAUGCCACAGUUGGAUCGACUCGAUCAUCUCGAUGUGAUUGGCAUUACACUCCAUACGCAAGUGUUAGAUUUGUACAAAGGUCAUGCUGCGCUAUUAGCGUCUUUACCAACGAGUUUCAGUGCACGGCGACUACAAGAUUCCAUCGUGGCAGUGAAUAAACUGAAUACGGCCAUUGUGGAAUUAACUGGAGCGACAGUCAACAUGAAGACGAAAAGUGACUUGACACUCUUGUGCCAAACCGCAAAGAAUCUCUAUGCUCAAAAUUAUUGCUCAAGUAUGCUCCAAGCCGCAUCAUGGCUUCAUCUACGAAGAUAA